AUGGAGAGACCUUUAGAUGUUGAUCCCUUGAAAUUUUCAGAUACUUGGAAUACAAAUGUUCCAUUGAAGAUGGUGACAACAAUAUUGCGAAAGUUUCAGAAUAAAAUUUCAACUAAGGACAAUUUACCAAAGAGAGGAGUUUUGAUCAAAUUACAAGCAAAUUGUGCUUCUUAUGGAUGCAGAGUAACAGAGAGCAGUGCACUUCACAUAUUUUCUUUGAAUGUAACUUACACUUCCAGGAACAUCGCACUAUUAUGCAGGGGUUGGGGAUCAAACCCUGGACAUAUUCAAUUUCUGGCGCUACCAAGUUUUGUUAACUUCCACUACCUUCAAAACCUUAAGGUGAUUCAGUGAAAUGGUUUAUU